UGGAAAAAUUUUCAUUUCCUUGCCCCCGUUUAACCACCCCCACUCAGAAAUGGCAACGCAAGAGGUGCGACGACUUCUGCAGCAGUGCGGAUUAGAAGAGUACGCCAAAAAAUUUGAGGAAAACCAUAUUACCGAUGAUGAAUUGCUGGAGUUAUCGAAGGAAGAUCUCGCAGACCUCAUCCCCAGUAUUGGACAUCGCUCAAAACUCAGCAAGGCCAUUGUUAAGCUAAAAUCAGGGAGUAUUUACGUAUGUUUUAAAUGUACAGAUAAAUUUAGAAAUUUAAGGCUAUUAUCCCUACAUUUAACAAAGUUUCAUAAACUAAAGCUAGAGAGUGAAUAUAAAUGCCCACAUUGUAAUGGUUCAUUUGCACGCAGGGCUUAUCUUGGUCACUUUGCGAAUAUUUUUAAACUUCAUUCCCAACUUUUAAGUGGUGUAUCACUUACUGAUUGCCAUACCGAUUUGCUAAAUCAAGAAGAGUUAGAGGAAAAAGAUGACGAGUUUUUGUCCCCUCCUAAAUUAGAAGACUUUUCUGGUCCUGAGUCAGUUAUACAUUUCGAAUCAUGCAUUGCAAAAUUAUACGCUAGUAUCUUAGAGUCUGGAAAGAUCCCCAUGGUUAGUUGUACCAAAAUCAUGUCCGUCGUGAAGGAAAGCAUAGCAGAAGUAAUUAAAAUUAGCGAAUUUCGUAACAGUUAUAAUGGAAAUCCAACCAAGUACAGUCCGGUUAGGGAUUUAUUAGCCGUUUUUGACCAGUUUAGUUCAAGAUACAAAAUGGAUAAGUAUUUAUUAAGUAGAAAUUUCAUGAUUGAACCCAAAGAAAUUGUCCUUGACACCGACAUAUCCUUUCAGUCUAGAAGUUUGGGGUCACGAAAGCAGGAAUAUAAGAAUGUCACUAUGCAAUACAUUUCUAUUAAGAAAUCCAUUCAACAGUUGCUUCGAAAACCAGGAUUUUUCUCAAUUUUGCAAACUAAUAGUAACUUUAACGGUGAAAAUUUCUCUUGCUUCCGGGAUGGAAAAUUUGUAAGAGAUUUUAAUCAGCCCAGAGAAACAAUAUUUAUCAAUCUCUAUUACGAUGAUGCAGAAGUAGCCAAUCCUCUGGGUUCAAAAAGUGGAAAACACAAACUAGCAAACUUUUAUUUCUCUAUAAUUGAUCUUCCACAACACCUCCUUUCAAAAUUAGACAAUGUUAUUCUUGUUGCAUCACUUAAAACCGAGGACUUCAAAUUAUGUUCCCCAAAUUCGGUUUUACGAGUAAUUACUAAUGAAUUGAAGGAGCUUUGGGAGGAAGGAAUAUUGUUUGUACACAAUGCAAAUUUAGGAGUUAGUCCAAGCAAAGAAGCUUUACAUCAAUUAGCAUUGGAUUUAGUGACUAGUUAUCCAGAACUAGGAGAUUCUAGGAAGAAGAAUUUUGGAUCUACAAUGUGGUUCCAAAAUAUCACUCAUGGUUCAGGAUCACCAGGUUAUUUAAUGGAACGCAUUAAAAACCAGCGCAAGAAAUUGGAGUCACGUAAAAACACCGACUAUCAUGACGAGACAGAUAUUUUGUCCUCGUGCUGGGAUUCUGAACCUGAUGAUGAUGAAUAA